AGCUCGGCGAGUUUCGGCGCUCCGAGUUCUGAACGGGACAAUAACAACAAACAUGGAGCUGAUCUGAGCUGCGGAGCCACCGCGCUGACUGACCGGCCGACAGCGCAGAGCAGCCCGGCGGACCCCGCAGAGUAUUAGGUGUAAAACAUGUUGAUAAGUCUGUGUGGACAGGAAGAAUGACGACACCCAGAUGAGAGGCAUGGAGCUGAAGGUGUGGGUGGACGGAGUGCAGCGCAUCGUCUGCGGGGUCACUGAGGUCACCACAUGUCAGGAGGUCGUGAUCGCCCUGGCCCAGGCCAUAGGGCGCACCGGGAGGUACACGCUGAUAGAGAAAUGGCGCGAGACGGAGAGGUACCUGGCCCCCCACGAGAACCCGGUCGUGUCUCUGAAUAAGUGGGGUCAGUACGCCAGCGAUGUGCAGCUGGUGCUGCAGCGCACAGGCCCCUCACUGUGCGAGCGACCCACCUCAGAAACCUCCGCCCUCGGGCCCGAACGCGGCCCGUACCGCCAAAGCCUGCCCCCUCUGGCCAAGCUCCGCCCCUCAGCCCCAGACCGCUCCCUGAAGCGGCGCGAGCCCAAGCGCAAGUCUCUGACCUUCACCGGCAGCGGCAAGGGUCUGCGGGACAUCUUCGGGAAGAGCCGAGAGCCAGGCCGGACCCGCAGCGCCACGCCGGGCCCCGUGGCGCAGGAGCUGGGCCAGCUGGUGCAGCUGCAGAAGGAGAAACUGCGCUCACUGGAGCAGCGUCUGCAGAGCUGCGAGCAGGAGCUGCGGGAGGAACUCCUGACGGAGGAGGAAGAGGAGGAGCUGCUGCAGCUGGAGCAGCAGGUGCGGCGGAUGGAGGCCGAGAUGGAGGAGCAGGAGUUCUGGGAGAGCGAGCUGCAGAUAGAGCAGGAGAACGAGCAGCAGCUGCGGGAGCGCCUGCAGGAGCUGCGCAACCGCGUGCAGGAUUGUGAGGCGCGGCUGGCCGAGUACCUGGCGCAGAUCCAGUGCAUGGAGGCGUGCCUGGAGGCCGAGCGGAUUCAGCAGGAGCUGCAGCAGAGCAGGCAGGCGGACGAGGAGGAGCUGCGGGCGCGGAUGGAGAAAGUGAGGACAGAGCUGGAGAUGCAGGUGCAGCAGGCAGCCAGGCUGGAGAGCAGCUGCAGAGCCGUGGAGCUUUCUCUCGGACAGUCCAGCAUCCGGCUACAGGAAAAAGAGCAGGAGCUGGAGCAGUUAACCAAGGAACUGAGACAGGUGAACCUUCAGCAGUUUAUCCAGCAGACUGGCACCAAAGUCACCGUGCUACCAGCAGAACCUGCUGAAGAGGAGACCAGCAGAGAGUCCGAGCAGUCCGGCUCUCUGAAGCGUCUGGGCUCGGCCCGCCCGCUCCCCAACGCCUUCCGGGCCCUGCAGAGCCCGCUGACCUCCAGCUUCAACCCAGAGGGCAUUUACGUCUGAUCAUCCAGUGCCAGUGGACGUCUGCGAGUGACACCGCAUCUCAAGCCAUUAACCUCAAACUGCUCACUCCUCAUUCUGUCCCAGCUCUGUCGUCUGACGCGAAGAAGAUCCUGUUCUGUGUGGUUCUGAUCUGUAACGCUCUUUGUGGUUCUCCUGUCAGGUCACACAGCUCAUCACAACCAUCCUCGAACAGAUGACGUCACGUCCAGGAUAAAAGAGAUGCAGGGAGGAAAAUAAUUGAUCUGUGUCUUCAACCUUCUGUUGACCUGCCUUGGAGGAUGUUCCUCUGAGCGUCUACGAAACAGAGCCACCUUGUGGUCAGUUUUAUUCAACCCAGCCUGCCCAAGUGGACUGCAUGAUUUUGCCUGCCAGCCUUUUUUGCUGUGAAACAGUUUCCACAGGCCAGCGUUUGAGUUCUGGAAUGUUCCUCAGCUGGGAUCCACUCCCUGAUCCCCUCCCAAGUCGGUCUAGACGCCUCGCCUGGUUUUAGUGCUGAGAUGGAAGAGGAUGUGUUACCGUGGGCUGCACCGCACGCAGCAGUGGACUCUGGUUUGAGAUGAAGUCUUGAUUCUUUGCUGCUGGAUCGCGAUUAGAUAUGAUACAACAGUCAGAACUUUGGGAAAGUGUGCACUUUAUUGGCCAAAACGUCUGAAAGGCGUAAGAGGAAGUUCCUUUCCUCAAAUACAGUCGCUGCUAAUUUAACUCCUCAUUGGGUCCUUUUAUUAGAUUCCUUGGUUUAUCUGGUGCUUCAAGAACAAUAAUAUUGAUGCAGCGUACAAGGGAGAUGCAGCAUGUAGCCGCGAGCGAAGAGAAGAACGGAUUAAACGUUUCGUUUUUAAAUUUUUCUUUUUUAUCUCAGUAAUGAAAGUAAAUGCUUGCUUGUUCCAAAGAACUCAAAUAAGUGAUCGUAGGAGUGGAAGCGUGAGGCAUCUCAGAGUAAAAGUGCUGAUGGGCUCCUGCAGAGGUUGGCACACUUUUUCUCAAGGUGGUUCUUGACGUGUGCUGGAGGAACUGAGGUGGUGGAACUUCCAUAUCUGCUUCCGUUGCUUUUGCUGUUUGCCUCCAGGUGGGUGUAGUUUCCAGCUCCACCAUCAGGUCUUUAUGCAGUCCAGAGACCUGAAAGUCCAUUUACAUUCUUUCUCAAGUAGCCUUACAGUGGGUCACUACUUCAAACGUUGGCUUUAUGUGGUGAAACUUACCUUCCAGUGUAAGUCAGUGUAAAGAGAUUUUAUUCCAAGUGAUUUUAGAGCAUUUCUAUUGGUUCAUUCAUCAUGAGGUUUUCACACGACAUACUGGAUUGCUGGUGUGUUGAAAUGAUGCUUAAAAAAAUCAACAAAAAAUGGAAAUACAUGGUUUUCUUUGGACAUUGACGAUAUGCUCAGAAAAAGAUAUUGCCACAUUUUAUGAUGCAAUUUAUCACAAUGACCACUAGCCAUAAGCUAGGUGGUCUACACCAAGUAGGGGGUCAGUUUAAAUUCCAGCGGAAAAAGUUUCCACUGUAUAACAAACACUCAUUUACGAGUCACCGCAAACCAAAACUACUGAGAAACAGUGAUAGUAGCUCUGUUCAGUGUAAUCGAGUCGAAUUUUGCGCUGGAAUUACACAGGACUCUUAUUUUGACAGCCUUAUCGUUCCUGCUGAACGCGAGAGAAGUUGCAUCCUAGGACUAGUUGAUGAAAGUUUCACCACAUAAAGCCCAGGCGGGAGGUAAAGUGGAGCAGUCUUAUGUGCAAAAAGUCAUGUGCCAAAGUUUGUGCACCCCUGGUCAUAGUCAUAUAAUGUAAUUUAGAUAUUUAAAGUGAAAAUAAAUUAACGCAUCCUCUACUGCAGUGGUUCCCAACCUGGAUCUCAGGGACCCCCAGGCGGUUUUGCACGUUAUAAUGCGUGGUUUCUGUUUAUUGGCUGAAUUUAAGAUUUUGGGAGAAAAACACAAAAUGUGAAUAAAAGUUGUGGCACAUUUUAUAUUAUUAUAUCUUUUUCUAGUGUGUUAAACAAAUAAAUAGAACGUGUGCAGUAAAAUUUCAAAUUAUAGAGGAUGUGCUGAAUUAUUUUUACUUAGAAAAUCAACAGAAUAACUAGGAGUGUUCAAACAUUUCGUUGCUGCUCGGAAGAAAACCUCGUAUCUCCAUUUUUGACGUUUUUCAGUUUUUGACGUAAUUUGGAAACACAUGUUGCUCUUCACAUUGUGUGUAAAUUUCAUGAUGAUUGGACCAAAAGAAACAACCUAAAAUGACUUGGAAAAAAUUCUGGUUCCAUUGACUUAAAUGAAAAGUAAAGAAGGUUUUUUCCUUCUCCUGUAAAGUGACCAUUUUACGAGGUUUUCUUCCGACAACAGCGAUUUGCUUAUUUUAGGCCACCAGUGAUCAGCUGAAUGGGGCUUCACUGGUUUAGGGUCACAUCAAACUAGGGACCUUCAGGCCAAAGUGCUGUGGAGAUCAGUGUUUACCCUCAUCUAAUGCUCUGAAUUCAGUUCACGAAGGCCUCGCUGAUCAGCUGAUGAGCUGAAUCAGGUGCGUUUAACGAGAGAACGUGAGCUGAAGUCUGCGGAGUUCUGGCCCACGUGGACUGGAGCCUGACGCGUGAGCUGAUCUUAGGUCAGCGCUAUUACUCUGAGAAGCUAUGGCCAUUACUUAAAACACUCAGCUGACUACAAUAUGCCCGAAUAGGAAUCCUAUUUUAGCAACCUGCUCUUUAGUUUUGGCCAAUAAAGCAAAAAAAACAAUACUAACUUUUUUAAACGCUCCUAUUUUUACUCACGUCUCACUGCAUACCCUAUAUUCUAACUGCAUAUUCAUUUAUAUAGUAUUACUAACAAAUCAGUGACUAAACAGGUCUAAUCAAUCAUGUUUUGACCAAAUUUCUUAUAUUAGGGGUAAAUAUAGGAAGGAGUAUAUGAUCUUCCCACGUAUAAAGAUUGUCUUGGACUGCAGUGAGAUCAGCUGAUGUUUCAUCAGCGUUACGUUCACUUUAAAUCAGCAUUUUAUUCAGAUUGCAAGUUCAAAUAUAUUAGAUGGGUUUUGUCUGGAAUUCCUGAAAUGAAUGUAGAAGGACUGCGAUGUGCCAUUUACACCGUCACCAAUAAAGCCGAUGUUUUCAUGAAUGUAGGAUCAUAAUCACCCGUCGUUCUCCACCGGCAGCGUCUUUGGAACCGAGUUUACAUCACAGUUCUGAGCAGAACUCAAGCUGAGUGCUGAGUAUGUAAUGACUAGAUUCACUCGUCUGCUUUAUAAAAGGGCGUCUUGGGUCUCUGACAUCCCACCGACUCUAAAGCUUCGGCGCUUGUUCAUCAAAGCGGCGUACGAUUGCAUCUGGUCGUGAAGUGAGUGCAGAGCUUUGUUCUUCAUCAGGUUAAUCUGUGGCGUGUCUCACGUCGGGUAGGAUUGCGUGAAAUUUGAACGAUCAAUAUCAUCUAUAACACCAACAAUACUAAUAAUCUGUGCUCAUGGUAAACCAGUAUUAAAGUGGAUGUCCUCAUUUGACACGCAUAUCGGUGUAAACCAGCGCGGCAACUCUUCCAGGUUCUAUUUAAAAACAUCACACUGUGCUUUUGUUUUCUGCCACUGACUGUGAUAAAUGAGCUGUUUUAGGAAAAUAAUCACAUCACCUUCAAAAACUAAGACGUUAUGUUAAUUUCGCAUUUUGUUCUUUCAAGUGGUCCUAAUUUUAACAAUAUAAGGUUUGGCCAGUAGGGGGAGCAGUGCACUCCCCACUUGACUUCAAGCUCAGCCUACAAACAGCCAUAGUCUCACCUAAACAUCUGCAUGAAUUAGGACAUGCAUCAUGUACAUUAUAUGUAAAUGAGGUGCUGGUUGGGCUGGCGCUUGAUUUCACGCACCGAAGCUGGUUUGUGGUCAGAUUUCUGCAGUUUCUUGAAUCAGACGCCGAGACGCCUGUACGUCAUUAAAGGCUUUGAUGAGUAAGUGCUACUGUGUCUUUAAAAGUAAGUUACACAUCUAACACAGGCAAACGUACAGGAAUACUAAAUGUAAUAAAGAGAAAUGACUAAA